AUGUACAUAGAGACUCAGCUUCUAGACCCAGAGGCUCCUCUCAAUGUGACGUUCAGCUUCAGGACGGCAAGACCAGUCGGCACCCUCUGGCAGCACAGAGUGGACAACCUACUCCUUAGGAUUGAGCUACUGGACGGGCAUCUUAGCCUUCGCAGCCUCAGAGGUCAAGGCUCCAGCAUGCUCGUUCAAGAGCUGCCGGAGCACUUGUCAGACAGCAAGUGGCACACGGUGGAAGCGUCUCUGGGUGGUGAUGUCAGCCUCAUCAAGUUACUCUGCACUGAGGGAAGCUGCACCAGAGACUUCAGCACUGAUAUCCCGUUGCUUGAGCAAGCCUCCACUCUCCCCGAUCCAGGAACAGUUCGUCAAGGCCUCUUCAUAGGAGUGGUCGGGAGGAACUGGGGUUUGAGCAAAGUGGAGGAUGAAGCAGAGAACCCACCAGCUUUUCUGGGCUGCUUCAGGGACGUGUUUGUGGGUUCACAUCUGGUUUUGCCUGUUGUCGCACCAGGAGAUUCAGAUGCCCAAGCAAACCUCACUGUGGGCUGUAGCGACACAGACAAGUGCGAUGAAAGCCCUUGUCAGAACCGAGGGCGCUGUGUGAGCCAGGGCUGGAGGAGCUACACGUGUGAUUGCCAAAGGCCAUAUGAGGGACACAACUGUGCAGAGGGUAAGUAAACCCUGCAUAUAUACAUAUACAUUAACACCACUGCAUGUCAUUUGUAAAACAGGUCUGUAUCCUCUUUGCUUCACUCUUGAAUUUUGAUUGGAAUUGAAAAAGGGUCGAAUCAUAUAGUUGAGGGUAUUGGUGCAUUCGGCUCAUCACAUCUCUCAGACAUAUUGUUAUUUACUUUUUUUAAUAUAAUUUAAUUAUUGUUUUUAUUUAUUCAUUUUUAUUUACCAUGGUAAAUCACUUUGGUUCACCAAAAAGGUUGUUGUAAAGGGCUGUAUAAAUGAAGAACAUUUACAUUUACAUUUGAUUUAUGUGGCAAAGACAAAAAAAAAAACUAGUUGAUCAUGUUUCUUCUUUCUCUGAGUUUAAGUAUAACUCUUUAAUGUGUUUUAAAUGAUUAUAUUUAUUCAAAUCAUGUUGCUGUUAUAUAUAAAUACAGUGAACUUAAAAAUACUUUGCUGUCUUUUUGAUGCUAAGUUGAGUAUCUUUGUUUUGAUUGUCAUAAAAUGCAGCAUUUGAAAGACACUAUACUGAUAGGGUUAAAACAUGGCAAUGGUCAAGCCAAGUUCAACCUUAGUCACUUUAAUGCUAGAACCCAGAAGAGAGAGAGAGAGAGCCUCCCUGCAGGAUGAUAGUCAGUGGACAUGAAAGGAGCUUACAGUACAAGUAGAAAUAGCGCAGAGUUAUAUAAUUAGGAGGCAUUCAGCAACACCUGGGCUGAGGAUUAAAAAAACGUGUGUAUCAGUGGUUCACCAGAAGCUCCUUUACUUUGGAAAACUAAGGACAGAGUCACGCAAAGCAGAUGCAUUUCAGAUUAUUGGUGUCCUCGGCUGCCUUCUCUUUGAGGAUACUCACACGACGAAGUUCACACAUUACCAGUCUGUCAGAAGAUGCUUUUGCUUUUUAAGGACAAGGAAUGUCCUGGUGACACUUAGCCUAGAUUUGCAUAAAGACUGGGUGAUGGAAAAGUCUUUGCCCUUGCAUCGCCUUUAAGGCUCUCAAAUAAACAUGCUGUUUAUUGAGGAGUAAUGCCACAGCCAUAUGUUUUCUGGGUAACUCAAGACUCCUUAUCAAGAGUCAGUUCACAGAUAACAAAACCUGUGUGCAUAGAUACACUUUGUUAUAUUUUGGUAUGAAAUAAAAUGUUUAUUUUAAGCUCUAAGGAUGUUGGAUUGACUGAUCCCUCUUGUGUUAGUGUUCCUGUACAUCAUAGUUCCUUGUACUCAGCAAAUCUGGUACACACAGAACCGCAUGAGUUUUAUUUGCUAAUCACAGUAAAUUGAAAAAUCUGAUUAAUGUAAACUCAGGCAUUAAUCAACAAAACUGGAACAAGGUAAAGCAACAGAAACAACCGUUGAAAAGAAUUUAUUCGACAAAUGUUGUAAUUUGAAAUUUGACUCAUCCUCCUUAAAGCCCACCACAUGAGAAGGUGGGCUUUAAGACUAAUAUUGCAGCCAAAACCCUUAAGUUUUACAGCCCCUCUCUAAGGACCUAUCAUGUUGUCCAUCUUUUGACACAGUCCGUGUUCCUGACUCGCUCUCUUUCCUCUCUCUACCCUCACAGAGUAUAUCACUGCAAGGUUUGGGAGUAAAGACCUUGAGAGUUAUGCUCUCUUCUCACUGGAUGAUACCCCUGGUGAUUCUCUGACUAUAUCCAUGUUUAUUCGCACCAGACAGACCAGCGGCCUGCUCUUUAUCCUAUCCAACACCACCAGCCAAUACGUUCGCCUCUGGCUGGAAGGGGGCAGGGUUAUAGUUCAAGUCAACAACUUUGAGACCCUCACUGGUCGAGGUUUGGUUAGUGAUGGCCACUUUCAUCUGGUGACUAUAAAGUUGGAAAAAAUGGAAGCCGUCUUGUUAUAUUCAGCACAGAUUCAGGGCUCUAUGUCCAUACGCCCCAUCCAUGCCCAUGCUGGGGAUUUGGUUUUCAUUGGGGGGCUGCCAGACUCCAGGGCCUCUGGCUCAUUUGGUGGCUAUUUUAAGGGAUGUGUCCAGGAUCUGAGGAUCAACAGCAAGCGACUGCAGUUUUAUCCCAUUUCAACCCCCGUGGAAUUUUACAGCCUGAAGCAACUCAUCAAUGUUGGCCAAGGGUGCAGCAGUGACAACGCCUGUGCCGUGAGUCAAAACAUUGCAGUCUUGGUCCCUGUAUGGCCCAUAAUGAUCACAUUUUUCUUUUCUUAACUGCACUAAUAAUGACUAAGGACAUUAUACAACUAUUUAGCGGCCUGCUUAAUUGAUUUGAAUUGUCACCUGUCUUUUAGAACAACCCUUGUCUCAAUGGAGGAGUGUGUUACUCCAUGUGGGACGAUUUCAUCUGCAACUGCCCCCCAAACACUGCAGGGCGACGCUGCGAGGAAGUGAAAUGGUGCGAGCUGUCACCCUGUCCAGCAACUGCUAUUUGUCAACCCCGAUCCCAGGGCUUUGAGUGUAAGUGUCCUGGGAUGAUCACUAGCCAAGGCCAAGAACAUUAACUUAAAAGUGCAUUACGAAAAGAUUAAGAAGUCUCAGACCCAGUGGAGGUGACAAAAGAUAGAAUCCAUGCUGUUAAUAGUCCAAUGUCUUACAACUACCAUUGCUUUUCCUAUAUUUUACACAAACUAAUUGCAAAACAAGGGCUAUAUUGAGCAUGUGUUAGCUGUUUAAUACACUAAUGUAUUUCUGCUGUGGGCAUGUAUCCACUAAGGGAACUCUCAGUGGACACUCUCUGCUGAGGCACUGAUUAAUUACAGGUUGGCUGAUUACACAGAGGAACAGAGUUGAAGCAGGAUUCCUCUAAGACGUGUUAAUCUCAGGUCAGAUUAAGUCUACCACCACAUGCCUGUGUAAGUUUAUGAUGACAAAUCUUCCUGGAAAAGUCACAUGUUCACAAAGAAUAAGGCAGGGGAGCUGCUGGCCCACAACUGCAGCAAGUCUUCCCAAUAGACGACUGUACUUAAUUAAAGCCUGUAGACUUUAAAUAAAGGGAAGCUGCAGUUACAAGCACUGUUGCCAAAGCCAUAGGAAUAGUUUUAGUAAUUUACCUUUGUUCCUAUAUCUUGCUUUUAAGGUCACAAAGGCAGAAUGCGUCAACUGACCAUCACUUCAUAAGAAUUUUACAAAUUUGUGUCCAUUUAGAAAUCUGUGAAUAAAUUCAUCCAACAUUCCUGUCUUUGCCCACCUCUACAACCCUGUCAUCAUGCACUUGCUAGUCUGACUGUAAACAACAAAGAACCAAGGAAUUGAUUGCAUUUUCCCAAUUAUCCACUGGCCACAUUGAUAGCUUUGAAAAACUGAGGAAGUUUUUUGUGAUUUUAGUGCCAAAAGUCAAAGAAUCGAUUCAUAAAAUGUUUGAAACCUUGUUUAUUUAUUAUUGGCUACUCAUUUCUGAAACUUGAUGUUUGAGUCUAACUUAUCCUCUGAAAAUCUGGUCUUUUUUGACAAUAUUUGCGGUUAUGUACUGGUGAACUUUGGUGAAUUUUGAUAUUGUUGGGUGCGGUGAAAGUCACACCAUCACAGUCUGCUCCAUGGAUCAUUAAAUCGUAGCGAGAGGUGACCCUUGAGUGGGAAAAGUUCCUUUUUUAAAAUUUAAAACCAAGUUUUCAAAUGGUUCAUGAAGAGAACCCAACCAAUGUGAAGUUCAGGUCAUUCAGCAUCUCUCCUGUUUCUCCUCCAGGUGUGUCCAAUGUAACAUUUCGUGAAGGAAGCAGUGUUCUGCACUACCGCAGUAAUGGGAGGAUCAAGCAAGGCCUCAGCAGCGUCUCUCUCCGCUUCCGCACAAGGCAGAAUACUGCAACCUUGCUGCAUGCACAAAAAAACUUAGAAUACCUCACUAUAUCUGUCCUGGACUCUAAUGUGGUCAUGGAGCUGCAGACUCGCAGGUCCACCAAGAUCACAGUCCACAGUCAAGGCCCGAUCAAUGAUGGAGAGUGGCACAGUGUGGAGCUCAGUAUGGAGAAUCAGGUGUUCCCACCCUCCAGGUGGAUCAUGGUUGUAGAUCGAGAUGUGGAAGAGCUGAGUGUGUCUAAAACAGCUGCAGGGAACCUAGAUUUCCUUAGAGAGGGAGCAGACAUCUUCCUGGGAGGACUGAGCUUGGAUGCUGGUGCGAGCAUGUCUGGCUGUCUGGGUAUGGUUGAGAUAGGGUGGCUUCCUCUUCCUUUUUUCCUGGACACAGAGUUGAAUCUCCCCAGACCUCAGGUGGAGCAGUUUGUCAGAGUUAACACCGACACGGCUCCACAUUAUGGCUGCUGGGGAUCCAUUGUGUGCACUCCAAACCCUUGCACGAACGAGGGUGUGUGUGAAGACUUAUUUGACCUCCAUCACUGCAAGUGUCCCUCAGAGUGGACAGGACUACUGUGCCAGUACCCAUCUGACACCUGCAACUCUAGCCCAUGUAUCUAUGGCAACUGCACCAACCUAGAAGGCGGGUUUAAGUGUGUAUGUGAGCCGGGGUACAGUGGAGAACUGUGUGACGUGGAAGUUGAUAUGUGUGAAAACACCAAUUGUGGUGAAGGAUCCACAUGCAUCAAAGGUCUCCAGAGUUACGCAUGCCUCUGUCCUCACAACAUGACUGGCCUAUACUGCGAGUGAGUCCCUCCAUAGUAAAUUGAUAUCUCUUAACUGUACAAUAAACAGGUAGAGAGUAAAAAAGCCCUGAACUGUACUGAUUUGUAAACUGGUCUCUUCCAGUGAGAAAAUUCGGGAGAUCCCAUGGUACAUUGAAACAAGCCCGUAAGUAUAUGUUUCUAUCAUUUCACCAAACUAAAUGAUUCAUCCAACAAGAUAAACAAAUAGAACGGACAAUAGCACACUGUUUCUUUAUUGUUUGAGGGUGGCGAGCUCUUUUACUGUAGCUAUAAUAUCACGCUGCUGUGUCCUAGGUUUUUAUGAUUGUGGGGCAUCAGACAAAUCCUUAAGUCACUUCUUCAUCAAUUAGCAGCAGUGCAUUUAUUUAUUUAGAGGGAAAUCUUACAAUAUAACAACCUCUAGGUGCAGUAAAACCUAAACUAACUGCUGAGUCCAACUACUUGACUAAAAAUAUUACUGCUGGCUAAAAUAUUUGGCUGAAAUUUACUAUUGAGUUUGGUAAGGUUACACAGUACAGAAGGUGUAAAUUCUUACUUAACUGAAUGCCAUCUAGGAAUGUAAUAACUUGCUAAUGUAAUAUUAGCUAGGACGCAGUUGAAAACUUGGCAAACAGUAGCUAAUUAAUAGUUUUACUUCGAAAAUAUGUCCUUCCAGAGUCCUACAAUGAAUUAUCUCUUCAGUAAUUAAUUUUUCAAGAAACAGGGAAAUAAUGACUGUGUACAGAAACCUUUUACUUAUUUAAUUUAAAACCAUGGGCACAGCAGUACAACACUAUAAAAGUGUCUCAACUUCUCCUCUUGAACGGGUAGAUGGAGCAGUGUGGGUGUCAUGUCAAUGUGGUGAAUUAACAUUCCUUACGUUCUUCCCUGGGUUCAGACUUCCUCAGUUACCCACAUCAGCAUGCACAGGAACAAGAUGGAACUACAACUGCUAUAAUGGAGGAAACUGCUCAGACAUAGACGACACCUGUUACUGCUUACCUGGUUUUGUUGGAGUGUGGUGAGAAAAACUGAAUGAUUUAUAACCCUCUUUGCUUCCCAUAGAAAGUGACCCUGAUGUUUACGAAGGAUGAAAAUGAGCACCAACACGAGGUCACCAGAAAGGCCAUAAAGACUGUCAGGGUUUAUAAAUUAACUCCACUAUAGCACUUUGAACAAAAUCAAACGAUCGGAAAAUCUACCAUAAAAGUAUUUUGUAAUUUGUAUGCCAAUGAGAAUCUGGAGACCUUGAAAUAGGGUCGUAUGCCAGAAAUAGACGACAAAAACUCUGCCACAGGCUUGUGCAUAGCUGCCAUAGUCAAUAUCAUUGUAUAGUCAUUGCAUCCAAUCGAAAAUGUAAUUAAAAAAUAAUAAUUCUCAAACUGGUAAGAACAAAAAGAUUAAUUAUAGAAUAUAGCCCAACUUUAUGGCUUCUGUGGUUUUUUGAGACAAGAUUUUUUUACCCUCAGCUUGGCCUUGACUAUGUUGGUUCACUUUCAAACUCUUCAGUAGUUUUUUUGUCAUUAAAUUUCAAUGCAUUAAAGGCCAUUUAAAAGCAAAAUGGUUCCUAAAAGCUGACUAAAUGCAAAAAAAAUAAAAAUAAAAAAAAAUAAAAAAACAGUGAGCAGUCAAAGACACAAAAUGUUUAACAUUGAAGUCAUUGAUAGUACUCCACCGCCCCCUACUGGCCGAAAGCUUCCUAUUCACAUUCCUUAAACAGCUAGUACUAGUUCCACUGACAAGAAUAACUGUUUCACCUUCACCUCAGAACAAGUGUCAACGCAUAGAAGAGGCUCUGUUUUUGUCAGUGUCAAGACUAGCCCUGGUUGUGUUUUUUUUUUUUUUUUUUUGCUUGAACAGCUUUUUAUUAUAGUAUUUUAAAAUUGUACUAUUGUCCUCUUUCCCUUUUUUAUCAAUCCAGGUGUGAGCGGGAUGUUGAUGAAUGCGCCUCAGACCCGUGUAUGAACGGAGGCUUCUGUGUGAACUACGUCAACAGCUUUGAGUGUGUGUGUGAGAUGAAUUUCUCAGGGAUCUACUGCCAAAUAGAUGCCAGUGACUUCUACUUGUACCUCUUCUUGGGACUGUGGCAGAACCUCUUCCAGCUGGUGUCCUACUUUGUACUACGCAUCGAUGACGAGCCGGAAAUUGAGUGGGCGUUCCACGAGAACGAAUAGACCCCUGCUGUCUUGAGAUAGCCACUCCAUAUGAAAACUCAAAAACUUGUCAGACAAUCAAGUUAAACCCAACUUACAUUUUACAGUUUAAUUUUGCUAGAUCAAAUUUAACAGGGAAUUUAAUGCAAAAAAUGAACACACAAAGUGAUAUUGUAUUGUGUUUAGUGUUCUGACAAAGUCAGAAAUGUGUCUGUUGUGAACAGAUUUGUGUGACAGUGAAUUUACAUAUCGCACUAUAACCCUAUAUGCAUGAAUGUAUUGUGUCUGGUUCUCAUACUGAAAACCAAACAGUAGUUUGUUUUGUGCCUUAAACUUUCUCUUUUUAUCCAAAGCACUGUAAUCUCAUCAGUGAAUGAUCUGCAACUGUUCAGGGAUUCAACAAAUUAUAAUCUCUCAGUUAUUAAUACAAUACAUGUCUCUAAGUAGUAUAUGUACAAAUAAUGUUGAACUUUAUAGAAAAAGAUCAAAGCUACUCUGCAUGCAGUGCAUUCAGAACAUUUUCUGUACAGCUGA